GGACUCGCUCGUGGGUGUGUUGUUUGGGGGCUUCUGCCUCGGCGCCGCGGGUGCCACCUCCCGGGACGCUGCCCAGGCGUCCCAGGUCGCGAUCAAACAAAUAAUAGAAGUCUGUUGAAGCUUUGUCCUGACCUAUUCUGGAAGUAGAAGAAUACCCUGGAGAAAGAAGCAUUGUAAGCACAAAGAGUAAGACUCCUCAAUCCUGGGAGAGAGAAUUAAAGUCUAACCCUCCAAAUGGCUAUUCUAAUGUGAUGCUGGGAUUGAGUUUACCUAGGACUCCGUAUCAAAGUUGACUCAAAAGUCUUGUAGAAGAUCUGGAAGAAAUAAGUAUUAAGUCAUGAUGCAGGAAUCUGCGACAGAGACAAUAAGCAACAGUUCAAUGAAUCAAAAUGGAAUGAGCACUCUAAGCAGCCAAUUAGAUGCUGGCAGCAGAGAUGGAAGAUCAAGUGGGGACACCAGCUCUGAAGUAAGCACAGUAGAACUGCUGCAUCUGCAACAACAGCAGGCUCUCCAAGCAGCUAGACAACUUCUCUUACAGCAGCAAACAAGUGGAUUGAAAUCUCCUAAGAGCAGUGAUAAACAGAGACCACUGCAGGAAUUGCUUCCAGAAACAAAAUUAUGUGUCUGUGGCCACUCUUCUGGUGAUGGGCAUCCUCACAACACAUUUGCAGUGCCUGUGUCGGUGGCCAUGAUGACUCCCCAGGUGAUCACCCCUCAGCAAAUGCAGCAGAUUCUUCAGCAGCAAGUCUUGUCUCCUCAGCAGCUCCAAGCCCUCCUCCAGCAGCAGCAGGCGGUCAUGCUGCAGCAGCAACAACUACAAGAGUUUUACAAGAAACAGCAAGAGCAGUUACAUCUUCAGCUUUUGCAGCAGCAGCAACAGCAGCAGCAGCAGCAGCAGCAGCAGCAACAGCAGCAGCAGCAGCAGCAGCAACAGCAGCAGCAGCAGCAGCAGCCGCCCCCGCCGCCGCCGCAUCCUGGCAAGCAGGCGAAAGAGGUAGGAGCCACCUGCCAUCGGGCUCACCGGCAGGGCGCAGCGCAGCAGCAGCAGCAGCAGCAGUUGGCAGCCCAGCAGCUUGUCUUCCAGCAGCAGCUUCUCCAGAUGCAACAACUCCAGCAGCAGCAGCACCUGCUCAGCCUUCAGCGUCAGGGCCUCAUCUCCAUCCCACCUGGCCAGGCGGCACUUCCUGUCCAGUCGCUGCCUCAAGCUGGCUUAAGUCCUGCUGAGAUUCAGCAGUUAUGGAAAGAAGUGACUGGAGUUCACAGUAUGGAAGACAAUGGCAUUAAACAUGGAGGGCUAGACCUCACUACUAACAAUUCCUCCUCGACUACCUCCUCCACCACUUCCAAAGCGUCACCACCAAUAACCCAUCAUUCCAUAGUGAAUGGACAGUCUUCAGUUCUAAGUGCAAGGCGGGACAGCUCGUCACACGAGGAGACUGGGGCUUCUCACACUCUGUACGGCCAUGGAGUUUGCAAAUGGCCAGGCUGUGAAAGCAUUUGUGAAGAUUUUGGACAGUUUUUAAAGCACCUUAACAAUGAACAUGCUCUGGACGACCGAAGCACUGCCCAGUGUCGAGUGCAAAUGCAGGUGGUCCAACAGUUAGAAAUACAGCUUUCUAAAGAACGCGAACGUCUUCAAGCAAUGAUGACCCACUUGCACAUGCGACCCUCAGAGCCCAAACCAUCUCCCAAACCUCUAAAUCUGGUGUCUAGUGUCACCAUGUCGAAGAACAUGUUGGAGACAUCCCCACAGAGCUUACCUCAAACCCCUACCACACCAACGGCCCCAGUCACCCCGAUUACCCAGGGACCCUCAGUAAUCACCCCAGCCAGUGUGCCCAAUGUGGGAGCCAUACGAAGGCGACAUUCAGACAAAUACAACAUUCCCAUGUCAUCAGAGAUUGCCCCAAACUACGAAUUUUAUAAAAAUGCAGAUGUCAGACCUCCAUUUACUUAUGCAACUCUCAUAAGGCAGGCUAUCAUGGAGUCAUCUGACAGGCAGUUAACACUUAAUGAAAUUUACAGCUGGUUUACACGGACAUUUGCUUACUUCAGGCGUAAUGCAGCAACUUGGAAGAAUGCAGUACGUCAUAAUCUUAGCCUGCACAAGUGUUUUGUUCGAGUAGAAAAUGUUAAAGGAGCAGUAUGGACUGUGGAUGAAGUAGAAUACCAGAAGCGAAGGUCACAAAAGAUAACAGGAAGCCCAACCUUAGUAAAAAAUAUACCUACCAGUUUAGGCUACGGAGCAGCUCUUAAUGCCAGUUUGCAGGCUGCCUUGGCAGAGAGCAGUUUGCCUUUGCUUAGUAACCCGGGACUGAUCAAUAAUGCAUCCAGUGGCCUGCUGCAGGCCGUCCAUGAAGACCUCAAUGGCUCCCUGGAUCACAUCGACAGCAAUGGGAACAGCAGUCCAGGCUGCUCACCGCAGCCGCACAUACAUUCAAUCCAUGUCAAGGAAGAGCCAGUGAUUGCGGAGGAUGAAGACUGCCCAAUGUCCUUAGUGACAACAGCUAAUCACAGUCCAGAAUUAGAAGAUGACAGAGAGAUUGAAGAAGAGCCUUUAUCUGAAGAUCUGGAAUGAGAACUGACUUGUGAAACCUCAGCGUGAAGGGACAUAUCACUGACCUUCAUAACCACUCCACAACCAUGAAUAUUUGACAAAUUUUUACUGUGACUAUUUAUUAAGCAUGGAUAAAGGAGACAGCCCUAAAGGAACUUAUUAAGCCAGCCCUUUGGGAUUCAGUACCAACAGGCAAAUUGCUUGUUUUCUUCCCUUCCUCUCUCUCUCUUUCUCUCUCUCUCUCUUUUUUUUUUAGAAAAAAAAAGACAAAAACUGAUUUUCUUGAAAAAAAAAUAAACUUUCUUUCUAUAAUGGCUUUGCCCAUUUAAAAAAUGUGGCUCUUAAGGGUUCAUGAAAUGACUGAAUAUGAGGAUACAUGUCCUGUAGAAAGCAAACGCGCCUCAUAUACUGCCAAAAAUAGUGUUAGUUUCAUUAAUGUGAAUUUUCCAGCAUUCAGUAGUUGUAAUGUUAGAAACAAUUGCUGGUCAAGUUCAACUUGUUGCUAUUGUUUUUAAUUUGCACAGGAGUAGUAUCAGAAAUUAGUGUCACUGCUUGUAUCUAGCUGAAUUUUAAACAACAGAACAUUAGUUUUUUAUGUUGGUGCCACCAACUGUAAAUGACAUAAGUUAGUUAUUACAAAACACAGUAAUUAGACUGUUGCAACCAUCUAAAACCUUAGGCUUCCAGUCUGUGCUGUUAGUGUUAAGAUGUAAAGUGCAAUCCUAAGCUAACAUUAUCUGUGCAAGCACCAUAGAAACAUUUGCAUAUCUGCAUAGAUCUUACAACUGUACUCUUUACCUCCUUGUGAUAAAGCUUUGUCUACCUGCAAACACAGUCAAAGGCUACAGCUGCAAACCAAAGCCAACUCUAACCAUGGCCAAGAGCUCAAGGACAGAAGCAGCCACAUGCUUUGGUCAGCCUUCUGUAACUUCAAUUAGUACAAAGGAACCUUUUCCAUGAACUACCUGCUGUUUUCUGAUGACCUCUGGGAUCUUUUCAUUUAGCCCUAAACAAAGAAUCAAAUAUGACAAAAACCACAACUAAAAAGUUAAUUCAGUCACAGAGUAAUCUUCUGAGGCCAAAAGUCCAUCUAAACGCAACGAAGAUUCGCUUUCAUUAAAGACAGAGGUGAGGACAAAAUCCGCAGUGGACAUUAUGAUGUGCUAGAAAGCAACAAAUGUGGAUCACUGACCAAAACGAUUAUGUACUUGAUGCAAAUGCAGAUUGCAUAUUGUUAUAUAUAUAUAGUACAUUGUGUUUUUGUUUUCCCCCAUCCAGUCACUUACUUUCGGUGGUGAAUACAUGUUGUUAGAAGAUGACGUGUAUGGUCUGAAUCUUUGUUGUGUACUAUUUUUUAUAGUCUUAAGUUAUAAUGAAAAAACAAAAAGUAGGAACCAAACAUAAACGGUCUAGUAAAGCCAAAAAUUAAUUUCAUAUUGAUUUUAAAGUGAUCUAGCUGAGUUUUUACACUGAAAGCAAAGAUUAUAGCAAUUGUAGUCCAUGGUAUUUAUUUUCAGUCAAACCAAAGUUACAUAUAAUUCUGCCUCUGCUUAUACGGGAUAUUAACACUAACACUACACUCCCUUUCAAAGACUUGCACAGGCCAAAUUGUUGGAAUGCUGGUUUUCUCGACAACUCCAAACCCCAAAACUAUGAUAAUGCGUUAUGGUGUAGUUGAAAAUAGCAUAGUCAGACGUUUGCUUAAAACCUAGAAACUUUACGUGUUGCUUUUCAUGUGCUGUGCCAAGUCUUGAUAAUACUUUUUCCCCCAACCAAGGGACCUCAUAACCUGAUUAUGGUUAUUGCUUUACAAACAGUUUUGACAGAAGGUGGCUGCUAGAGCUUAACAUACGUACCAGUUCCAUGUGAUGGAGCCGGUUCUUGCAAACUAAGCUCAUCAUUUAUUCUUUGCUGAAGUCAGCAAAUAGAGUUAGAGAGAUACCCAGUCAUCUAUCACACCAAAUAAAAGGACAUAACGGCUUUCAAAAGGGUUUUCCCACAUACCCAAAAGGCUUUCUGAAAGCUUCUACCUCUGCAAAAAAAAAAAGAAAAAAAAAGAAAAAAAAAGAAAAAAAAUUAGAACAAUUACGGCAGAUUGCAUGAAACGUGAGAACGUCACAGUAACUGCUACUUUUCAUUAUGUUUGUCUUUGGGUCAUGAUCAACGGACGGGAAGUUUCCAAUACGAUAUCAAAAGAAAGAUUGGUAUCGUGAAGGAUGGUUUUCAGUCAUCUAGGAUCCUACUGUAAGGAUUAUGUGAAGGGAAAAUGGGUCUUUCAGGUGCAUGUUCAAAAGGCUUUGAUGGACUGAAAGGAACUGAGAGCUGUACCAUCAGGAGGGUGGCCUAAGACUACGAUGCUAAAGUAUGCAUACCUCAGUUACAAAACUUUUGAAAGGAAGUCUCAGCCACAGAAUGCAUAUACCUGUAGAGUUUUGCAUGGGUU